AUGGGCCUCCCAUUGUUUGUUGCCCCCGUUGAGUCAGAUCUCCCUUCUAAAGCUGCAGAGAAGAGCAGUGCAACGUCGCCACCCCGCUCCGCCAUUCGUCGCAAUAUACGCACUGAACGAAUUGAACGCCGCGCCGCGCAUCGCCGUAUUUUCUCAAUUCGCGACCGCUUAAAUGACGGCUCGCUACAACAGUCCGGUACUUUGACCGGCCGAGAUGGUCGCUCUGUACCAUGGGCUGAAGCUGGAUUCCCACCUGAUCUUGAGACUACGAGAGGUCCCGAUGGGCUGCGCCGAGCCAGACCGUUUCGCGAUGUUCUGAGAGAGAUGGCUAGAUCGGAUGAUCGCAGAAGGGACAUGCUUGAAGAGCGCAUAAACUCGCUGUUUAGGGAUGGCAGCAACUCACAAGAUCGAAACACAUCCAACUCACAUCUCUCAUAUGAGGAUUUGGACUUGGGUUGGCAUGAGGGUCCUCGACCUUCUCGCCCUGCAGUGGUGGUGCCGGUGCCUCCCAGACAAGCUCCUGAAGAGAAUGGAGUUCAACCGCAAAGACUUCCUUCUCUUGUAACGUACCCCUUGAUUAGCACAGAUGACUCUGAAGAAAUGGGCCAGCGCCGAGCUCACCACUCGGCAAUGCGCGAAGCUCUCCGUGCGUCAAACAGGCAUCAGCGAUUCGCACCUAUGCAACGUGUAGACGGGCUUGGCGACCGUGAUAGGAGCCUCAGUCCAGAGGUGUGGGAUACUCUUCUAUCUACACUUACCCCUGACCCUCAACCACCUAGCGCAGGUUCCUCUUUUGCAUCAAAUGUUGCAUCUCAGAGUGCCGGUGCCACAUCAGGCACCUCUUUCACCACGCCCGACCAAGACCCUGACGCCCUAGUUGACCAGGCCUGUGAGUCGGGUUGCGAAGGCUCCGAAACUGAAGGCCCUGAUCAAACUCUUAGCGUCCUAGAUCGAAUUAGAAGACGCCGAGCAGAGAUGCGACGUGUUCACGUAAGAAUACCUGAAGCUGGCCUAGACGGCCCAGUUGAUGGAGGCGCCAUUCGAGAUAACGACGCGGUCAGGUCCGAUUCUAGACAACGAAGAUCCCCGGAUGGGCUAGUGCCCAGUGAUGAUCGCCACAGGCUCAGGAGAUGGGGCCGAGAGCGCUCACUUCGAUCACGUUCCGCCUGGGUGGGACACUUGUCCGUGGGCAACUCGGACGACGAGCAAGGACCGGAACGAAACAGACAGAACCGAGAGAGCUCAACGACAUCGGGAAGCAACACGAACGUUGAAGAUGACUGGAUGGGAAUGCAGCGCAUCGUGCGUAGCCUAGCACGACGUGAAGAUAUUCCCGAUGAAUGGUGGGCUGAGGCUGGCCUCAGUCGAACACUGCCAGGGGACGGGACAGAAUAA